AUGCCGCAGUUUAGAGAACCUUCCGAAUUAUGUUAUAGUCAGAAUACCUAUCUUCUUCACCAGGUCAUUCUUGUAGUAACUCUGGCUGCAGCCGCUGUGGCAGCACCAUCUGGUCCACCAUACGGGUUCUCACCAGCACCAGCAUACAGACCAGCACCAUCCUACGCUCCAGCACGGUACAGCUUCGACUAUGCUGUGAACGACCCUCCCUCCGGCAACGACUUCGGUCACCAGGAGUCUCGCGAUGGUGACCACACUCAGGGGUCGUACUACGUGCAGCUCCCCGACGGUCGUCUGCAGCAGGUGGCAUACACUGUCAGGGGUGACUCUGGCUACCUGGCUGAGGUCACCUACCAGGGAGAAGCCAGGUACCCGACCUACCAGCCAGCCUAUAGGCCUGCUCCAGCCUACACGCCCAUCCCAGUGUAUGGCUAA